AUGGAGGCCCAUGCACUUGUGGCAAGGCUGAAUGCCGACACACGCAUCAGGUUCCCAUUUCUGUGUUUAUUGGCAUCAGGGGGGCACCUGCUGUUGCUUAUUGUGCAUGGCAUCGGAAGAUACACACAGCUCGGAACCACACUGGACGAUUCUUUGGGUGAAGCAUAUGACAAGGUUGCCAGGCUGCUGGGCCUUGACCUGAGGCCUAGUGGCGGCGCUGUGCUGGAGGCAUUUGCCAAUGAAGGAGACCCUUACAAGUACAAAUUCAAGGUUCCAAUGCUCAAAUACAAAAACUGUGAUUUUUCCUAUUCGGGCCUCAAGACAGCAGUUCGACUGGCUGUUGAGAAGUUGGUGAUGGACCCAAACGAUGCUUCUAAAAGACAGGUGCGUGCAGACAUAGCUGCAUCAUUUCAGCACGUCGCCAUUCAGCACUUGGAAGAACGAUGCUCUCGUGCAUGUGAAUGGGCACUGUCACGCUCUCCGGACAUAACGACAUUCGUUGUGUCUGGGGGUGUUGCUUCAAACAUGGCUGUGAGAGACAGGCUGCAGGCAGUUGCAAAUUCUUCAGGACUGGAAUUGGUCACCCCACCCCCAAGGUUGUGCACUGAUAAUGGGGUCAUGGUGGCUUGGGCUGGGCUGGAAAGGUAUCAACUGGGUCUACACGAACCACCACCAGCAGUGGCGCCUACAGAAGAUGAUUGGGUGGAAAUUAGGGCUAGAUGGCCACUGACAGAAGACAAGGUUUCAAGUGGCGACGAAUAUGUGCGCAUUGUCAGAAAGAAGCGAUUGGUCACAAGCUUGACGACAAUGGACAGCAUGCGAGACAGCCAGAUGGCAACAGAGUAG